AUGCAUUGCACUUCGAUCCUUUCUCUUUUUUUGUCGGUUGGCUUUGCCAUUGCGAGUCCAACUGCGUCAGGCUCUCCUAGUUACACGUGUGCAAAGAGUGCCGGUAUGCGCGCAGUUGGUUAUUUUGGAAACUGGGACAUCUAUGCCCGAAAUUUCAAAGUCACAGACAUCCAGGCUACCCAACUCACGCACGUCGCCUACUCUUUCAUGAACAUCAAUACCACAACUGGCGAAGUUUUCCUGUCCGACGAAUGGGCAGACCUCCAAAUAUCUUACCCAGGCGACAACACCUCCGAGAACGGAACCAACGUGUACGGCGGAAUAAAGCAACUUUACCUCCUCAAAAAAGCCAAUCGCUCCCUUAAAACCUUGAUGGUAAUAGGCGGCGCCACUUACUCACCAAACAUCAUUCCUGUCCUGGCCUCCGACUCCCUCCGCGCCAAUUUCGCCAAGACAGCUAUCUCACUCAUGACCGACCUCGGCUUCGACGGAAUAGACGUGGACUACGAAUACGUGACUGACUCGACCCAAGCCGCACAAAUGGUCGAUCUCCUGAAGAAGCUGCGAGAGGGGAUGGACGCCUACUCUAUCCGCACUUGCUCUCCAUCCUUUUUGCUCUCCUACGCCUCACCCGCCGGACCAGACAAGUACAAACAGCUCGACUUCAAGGGCAUGGAUCAAUAUCUCGAUUUCUGGAACUACAUGGGUUUCGAUUACGUCGGUUCUUGGGAUAAGAUCGCUGGGCAUCAGGCCAAUGUUUUCCAGGAUUUGCAGAUCCCAGCUGCGACACCGUUUAAUACUACUUCGGCGAUGGCGUAUUAUACUCUGGUUGGCGGUAUCUGUCCCUCGAAAAUCAAUCUGGGUUCUCCACUAUACGGACGCGCGUUUGCAGGUACCGGCGGCCCUGGGAAGCCAUUCAAUGGGACUGGCACAACGGGGAGUUUCGGCCUUGCUGGGGUGUGGGAUUACAAGGCUUUGCCUGCACCAGGAUAUAAUUCUAAAGUAAUUAGUCUCGACAAGGUUGGAGCAUCGUAUAGCUAUGAUUCUGCGAAGAAGUAUAUGGUUAGCUAUGAUACCCCCGAGAUCGCGAAGGUAAAGGCGCAGUUUGUGAAGGGGAUGGGGCUAGGAGGGAGUUCGUGGUGGGAGGUUAGCAUGGAUAAAAGCGGUGUAGAUAGUUUGAUUGGGACUACGAUCAAGACGUUUGGGGGGGUUAAGGGGCUGGAGAAUAGUUUGAAUUAUUUGAGCUAUCCAGAGAGUAAGUACGAUAAUUUGAGGAACGGGAUGUAA